ACAAAAACUAGUGAGGCUGAGAGAGAGAGAUAAUUCAUCUAUUUCUCACACCUGCACACACCACACACACCAAACAAAAAAAUAAUUAAUCACAUUUUUAAAAAUUCUUAAGUUUUCUUUAAUUUUCAUUUUAUUUCCCCCCUUCUGUUUAAUCCCCCUCUUCUUUAAUCCCCUUUCUGUUAACAAUCUGUCUUUCAAGAACAAUUCUUGGAUUUUGGGUUUGUGUUUUUUAUUAAAAAAAAUUAAUUUUUUUUUUGAAGAAAAUGCAAACUUUUAGACAUUAAUUUCUUAAAAAGUCAGAUGUUUUCAGAAUUGAGAUUUAUUUAUCAUUAAAUGUUGUAGAAUUUAUUCAUUCUUUCUAUCUUUCUUCAACUUAAAGGGCUUAUUAGUUGUCCCUCAAAAAGUUGAUUUUCUUCUUAAUCACUACACAAAAAGGGGUUGUUAUUUGAAGACCACUUUUUUUGUAAUUAAUCACCUGUUCUUUUUAUUUGAUAAGAAACAGGUUGAUUUAUUUUAAUUUUUUUAAUUAAUUAAUUAAUUAAAAUUUGUGUGUUGUAUAUCUAGCUAUGGCUACUACUACAAUGGAUUUUUGGACUAAUACACUUUUAGAUCUUAACUCAUCAAAUUCUGGUGGUGAGCUUAUGGAAGCACUUGCACCUUUUAUUAAAAGUGCUUCUUCUUCUUCUUCUCCUUCUCCUUCUGUUUCUCCUUCUUUUGAUUUACAAUCUUCUUCUUUGUCAACUUCAUAUCUUUACGAAUCAUUUUCUUCAACGAGUCAACCUAAUAUGAGCUACUAUGAUAAUGGUUGCUCCACUUCCAGCACGAUAACUCCUACUUUUUCACAAGGGUUUUCGGGCUUGGUGGAAGCGGAGCAACCAUGCUCAAUUGGACUGACACAAGCCCAAAUCUAUCUACCACAGCAAAUUAUGCCAGCUGUCACUUUCCAGAAUAAUAAUCAGUAUGUAUCUUACUUGGGGCCAAAGCCGGUUUCCAUGAAGCAAUCGGGCUCGCCCCCAAAAGCCCCAAAGCUAUACCGCGGUGUUAGACAACGCCAUUGGGGGAAAUGGGUGGCAGAGAUCCGAUUGCCUAAGAACAGAACCCGGCUUUGGCUUGGUACAUUUGAUACUGCUGAGGAGGCCGCCUUGGCAUAUGACAAGGCGGCCUAUAAGCUCAGAGGCGAUUUUGCUCGUUUGAAUUUUCCCCAUCUCCGUCAUAACGGAUCAUUAAUUGGGAGUGAAUUCGGUGAGUAUAAGCCGCUUCACUCCUCAGUUGAUGCUAAGUUACAGGCCAUUUGUCAAGACUUGGCACAAGGAAAGAGCAUUGAUAUUAAAAAGAAGCGAAAAGUGUCUUCUAAGGCGAUGAUGAUGGUGGUGGAGGAGAAAGAAGAUAACAAAAGCAAGACAACGGCGGAAGCCGGGUCGGAAAGUGAUGGAUCCGGGUCAGGGUCAGGAUCGGGUUCCGGGUCAUCGCCAAUUUUGGAAUAUACGUUCGAUUCAAUUUGGGACAUGUGUUCAGAGAAUUACGUGCUGCACAAGGAUCCAUCUCAAGAGAUUUUUAAUUGGGCUUCACUACUAUAGUUAAAUUUAGUAAUUAUGAUUAUGUUAUCUUUUGUAAUAUUUUGUUUAUAGAAAUUUAAUUGUGUAAUUAGGUGGAUAAGAUUAGUGGGAUAGCCAUUGCAAUGAAUUUUUGGUAAUUGCAUAGCUAGUCCUUAGAUUUAUUGUGAAGAUCCAAAC